AUGUCAGACCGCCCAACUGAGCCGCGUCACUUCUACGCCGGCCGGGCUGGUCCGAGCGCGCCCGGCUCAGGGUCCACCGCCUCAGUCAGCAUCGCCGUCUGUAGCGCAGCGGAACAACAACACAGCCGGUCUGAACCUGUCUGCCCUUUGCUUAUCGCCACCAUCACCAUCCCGACCUCCUCUUUGCGUCUCUUCUUCGCUCCACGCACCUUUACACUGCAGCGCAUCGCCCGCUUCUCCACCUUCGUACGCACCGCAAAAAUGGCGGAGCACAAGCCCUACAUGGUUAUCUUCAAGGACGGUACGCCGCAGAGCGCGAUCGACGAGCACAAGUCCAAGGUGCAGCAGGCGGGCGGCACCAUCAAGCAGACGUUUGACUCGAGCAUCAUGCGCGGCUUUGCCGCCACGCUGCCGGACAGCUUUGCGCAGGAACUCACCACCGCCAGCGUCGGCGGCAAGCACGAGCACAUCGAGUACGUCGAGCCCGACAGCGAGGUCAAGACGCUCUAA